AUGGCGAGGAAAGAGGACGAGAACGCUCUGUUCUUCAGGGACGGCAUAGUGUAUAGAGAAUGGGGCUACCGGUUCGCUGCACUCGAAGAAUAUCCGACCGCGGAGGAAUACUUCGAGAAAGCGAUCGAACAGGGACAGCGUAACGAUCUCAGGACUUAUCUCGGGCUGUGCAAGACGCAGCUCAAUUAUGCCAGGUUCAACAGGGCGGUGAUUAGCACCAAGAAGUGUAUAGAGAUAGAUCCAACAUACUCGUACGUGAAGCACAUGCAGCUGCAAACGUUGUUCCACAUGGGCGAGUUCGAGUACAGCUUGGUGCACGCACACCAGGGCUACCAGAAAUAUCGAACCACGUUCCUCGAGCAUGGAAUACUGUUGGGAAACGAGACCGUCGAGGACUGUGUAGGCAGAGAUUCGGCGCCUAAUGCUCUUCAGCUUCUUUCUCCGUGGAUUCGAGAACUCACGGAGUACAGGAAGCUGAUGAUCGAGAAGCUCAAAGAGGAAGUGGAUGAGUUCGCAGGCAUAGAAGAAGAGCAAUCCAGGUUCAAAGUAAAUGAUCCGGAGGCUCGAGCUAAAGCUGAAUUCAGACAGCUUCAACGAAUCUUCGCGAAGAUAUACCUAGGCCAUUUGGCUCACGACAAGGAAUUCCUGCAAUAUUUGGCCGAACACCCCGAGGAAUUAAUGUCACCCAAUAAGAGCAGCACCAAGAUACUUCACGCUAUUGUACUGAGAAACUAUCGCAGAGGGGUGCGCAGAAUGAACAUUCUACGAAUGAGACGUCCACUCUACGUGAUGAUCUUCAAGCGUAGAGAGAUUCCUCCUGGUCACAAAGCGAUGAUCGCCGCGGAGAAGAAGCUGAAGAGGAGCGUGAUCAUCGUGCAGGCAGACUACCUGUUGCGUCGUCUCCACCAAGUUAGGAUGCAGAGGGACUAUAUAACCUUCUUUAGAAUGGUGGACCGUAUUAAAGACAAAUUCGACUCGUACAACUUGAGGCUGUUCCCCAUGAGACAAAAAUGUUUGGACGCGGUUUACAACAUGGUCGGUUGGACGUACAUAGACACUCGUGAUCUAACGAAGAUAUGGCAGACAGGGCUUAAAAAAACGUACUUAAAGCAUCACCUAGGAAUUCGCGUGGCUGAACUACCUCGUGACAGCGACAUUGGCUGGAUAAGAGUUGCUGAUGGGAAAGCUGCUCUCAAGAAAUUUCGCAAGCGACUAGCCAUGGCGUCAGAGCCUCUCGAGCUAGCCUGGCUCUUCCACGAGCUCUCCAAGUACCUAAUCGACAUCCGUCGUUACGACCUGGCCCGAUUCUACGGCAAGAAGGCCAGAGACAUGGGCCAGGAGGCAGGCAACGAGGCCUGGGUGUUGAACUCCCAACAUCUCUUCCUCCGUAUCGAGAUCAGUCAAAAUUACCGCAACGAAGCCAAAGAAGCUGCACUGAUAGCUCUGUCCAGCUCCAAAGAAUUAGGUCUAGACUUUCUAGUAGACUUCUACAAAAGCGCCGUCGAAGUGAUCGAAGACAUGGACAUGGAGAAACUCCUCGACUUCGAUCCGAUCUCCGCCAGGCAACAAUUGAUCCUCAAUCUAAUGCCCGAGGACAUGAAACCAGAGGUGGACUUCCUCUGGCGACGGAUGGAGGCUGUUCCAGCCAAACGAAGACUGUCGGUGAUGCCUGGCUGCAAAACCGUAGACCGGAAGUUCAAGCUACCCUGCAGAAGAAAGACGAUCAUGCCUUCUCCCGCGAAAGAUGCGAAGAAAGAGGCGAGGAGACUGUUGCUGGCGCGAUACGAGCCUUCCAAGGAGAGACCCGGUUACGUGGACUUCGAUGAAUAUGAAUGA